AUGCCUCUUUCUUGUCGCUACUACGAGAAUGAGUUUCCAGCAGAAAAUGAUGUUGUAGUUGCUGUUGUAACUUCAAUCACAAAUAGUGGAAGCUAUGUUAUCUUGCCUGAAUAUGACAAUGCGGUUGGCAUGAUACUUCAUAGUGAGCUUUCCAGGCGUCGUAUUCGGUCUAUAAACAAGCUCGUCCGUGUCGGUCGUAGUGACAUUGUUCUUGUUAUUCGUGUGGAUCCUGAAAAACGCUACAUUGAUCUGUCAAAACGACGUGUACCUCUCGAAGAAACUCAUGUAUGCCAAGACCGUUUUGCAAAAGCAAAAGCGGUAAACCAAAUCGUUAGGCAUGCAGCGGAAAAACUAGGCUACACUGAAAAGUCGCAGCUCGAGGGCCUCUGCGCUAAAACGGUGUGGUUUUUCGAUAAGAAAUAUGCAGGUCAAGGAGGUUCUCAUGAGGCCUUUAGAAGGGCUGUUCAGAACCCAAGUAUUUUGGAUGCUUGCGAUAUCGAUGCAAAAACCAAGGAAAUGUUACUACAGGAUAUUCGCCACCGACUUAUGCCUCAGGCAGUGAAACUACGUGCAGACUUUGAGGUCUCCUGUUUUGCUUACGAGGGAAUCGAUGCUGUUCGUCGUGCUCUUCACGCUGGCCUAGCUCUUAGCACUGAUGAUCUUCCCAUCAAGAUAAACCUGAUCGCUCCGCCUUUAUACGUGCUGACCACGCAAACUCUCGAAUGGAAUGAAGGUCUUGUACAGCUGGAAAAAGUCCUGGAGGCUAUCAAGAAUUCCAUUGAAGAGCAAGAGGGUUCAUUUAAACUCCAACAAAAGCCUCGCGUCGUCUCCGACACCGAGGAGGCCGACUUCCAGCGACAGUUGGAAGAGUUGGAAGACGCCAACAAGGAGGUGUCUGGCGAUGAGGAUGACGAAGACGAAGAGGAUGAAGGAGAGGACGAGGACGGUGAUGAGGAAGAAGACGUGGCAGAAGGUGCGGCUGAAGGGGGUGAUGAGUCUGUGGAAGAGGAAGAUGGAGACGAGAGGAAGAAAAACCCUCGCAACACCAAUAGCAACUUCAAGAAAGGAAAGAAGGGAGUUAAGCGGCGGCAGUCGAGCAGUGAGGAUGUGGAGGAGGAAUAA